UGGAUAUUCAACAAGUCCAAGUAUACCUCUUGAAGCCAGCAUCCUUUGCCAAACAAAAAACAAUCAGAUACAGCAGCUACUGUGUGCAACCAUAAGAAAGCAUUUGCCGCAAAUGAGAUCCAAGGCAAUAAUCUGGCCUCCUGAUAACAGAAGAUAGAUACUUGUUAAUAAACACAUUUUAGGCUGCGAACUAGCAGAAAAACUCAUAGAAGACAUGCCUGGAACCAUAAGCAUAUUUUGGUGAAUCCCAAAACGCACCGUUUCCAAGUUCGUUAGAACUAAUUGCGUACAUCCGGCGCUGGCGCCACUUAAAAAAGUUACCGUUAGAACGCGCUCUCUCUCUCUCUCUCUCUCUCUCUCUCUCUCUCUGUAUUCGUUUUCCUAUCGUGGAAGGUGAGAUCGGAUUGAUUGGUUUGCAAGAAACAGGUCAUCUACGAGUUGGAAAAGGAAAUAUUCAGUAUAAAUCACAUUAUAACUCACUUCACUUCAGUUCAUUAUUGAAGGAUGCUCUUCUCCUUGCUGAUCAUAAGGAGACUCUCCCUGUUGUUGCUCAUCAUCCAAAAACAAAAAAACUCAAUUCACGUCCUUGUUCAACGAGAAACAACGAUGACCAAUCGACUUACUCCCAAAGAUCUGGACAGAUUGGAUAAUGGUUCGUUCCAGAGAAAGAAAGCAGAAAUUGAGGGUUUCGUGGGAAAGGAAUGAAAAGAGUUAGUGAUCGACUUGCUCACUAAACGAGUUGUCCAUGAAUUCAUCAUGAUAGGAAACAAGAAACCCGUUGCAGUGACAGUAGAAGACCCAUCUCCAGCUGUAAAGACGGAAUUUUCUUUCUUUGAAAAUAUACCAAGGAAAAAGCGAAGCAGCAGAGUACGCAAAUCGGUUGCCGUUGCCGUUUCGUUCCCAGUCCUCGAUACAGAGUCUGAAAAAAACAUUAAGAUGAUCGAAGAAUCGGGUCGACAACUAGAGAAGGAAAAAAAUGAGGAUGAGCUGAAAGUUUCCUCUCGGAAAAGGCGUUUUGAGUCAGAUGAAGGAGGUGGAAAAAGGGCUAAGAUCCGCAAGAACCCUAAACCAGACUCAUCGGAGAUACCAACGGAAUUGCCUGAACCAUUUAAGAGUCGUGUACUGGAGAUGGGCGGUAGAGAUAUCAAAUUUGUUAUGCGGAAGACUAUCUUCAAAUCGGAUUUGCUAAGGUCGCAGAAUCGGAUUUUGAUACCAGCGGGUGAAGUGAAGAGCCCGUUCCUUUUUCCAGAGGAGGAGAUGAAGUUGGCUUCCAAAGAAAGCAUAGAAGUUACUUUAAUAGAGCCUUGUGUUGACGCCAGUUUUACAUUGCCUUUGAAGAGGUGGCAUAUGGGUAACAUGCCCUAUGCACUGAUAGGCAACUGGUUUAGCGUUGCCCAGAGGAACGGUGAAUCACCGGGAGUUGGUAGUGACGUACAACUCUGGGCACUCAGACACCAGCAUUCAAGUCUUGUUAUGGUUUUGGUCCCUGUCCCACAACAAGGACAAGUUACAAAUCAAUCUUCCGAUGGGGCCUCAUCUUCUCGUGCUCAUUCUACUGCCAACCAAUCACAAGAGCAUUAG